GGACGUGACGCGACGCGGCCGCGAGCCCGGAAGCGGAAGUUGCUGGCGCCGCGGCAGCCGGUUGCCCGAGUGACGGCGGGGAUUCCGAGAGCGACGGUUGCAGCGGAGAGCGCGAGCCACCGGCAGCGGCUCAGUGUGUGCAGCCGAGACAGCGAGACGGUAACACCCAGAGCAGUAUUUCAAAUGGCUUGUGAACCAAGUGAAGCUAUUUCUUCGGAAGAGCUCAGGAGGAGACUUUAUCAGACAUUCAAAAGUCGAGGUGUAUUAGAUUCUUUAAAGUCUCAACUUCGAAAUCAGCUUGUUCAUGAAUUGGCACGGCCAGUCUUGAGUGGAGAUUUAUCAGCAUACCAUCAUCAUCAUCAUCAUCACCACCAUUCUUCAGCUGACACGGAUUCCUUAUUAAUUAAGGCAUCAAAUAGCAUUGUAGCAGAUCAUUUGCGCCGGAUUGGAUAUCAGUACACACUAUCUGUCUUCUAUCCAGAAUGUGGCUUGGAAAAGGAGAAGGUAUUUAGUACAAGAGAUCUCCUACAGAUUUUGAAGAUUUGUCCUGGAUCAGACCUUUACAAAUCAACAAUCUUAGGCCUCCAGAACGAACAUGAAAAAGGUUUUCUUGUGCAACUUCUGAUGGAAUUCACUGAAUAUCACCAAAACAAGCAGCAUCGAGAUGCAGAAGCGCAGACCAGAUCAAUUCCAGAGUACAGAGAAUCCCUUGCUGACAAGUUUCAGUUGGUUGAUGAAGAAUAUGCAGCACUUAGCCCAACGUGUGUGAGAGAGGACUUUUGGGAAGCAAAAUUGCUUGCAUAUCGGAAACAAGUAGAAGAACAACUUCAGGCAGAAAUGUACCAAGAGAUGCAACGAUUCAAGGAUGUUGAAGUAGCUAAGAUUCAGUUGGAGGAAAAAGAGCGGUCACAAAAGCAGAUCGAUGAUCUUAAAUGGAAGCUGGAUAAAACGUACCAGACAAAAUCUGAAACUUUGAUAACCCGGGAAAAAAAUGCAAUUGAGCGACUUCAAAAACAGCAAGAGAUUGAGGAAAAAGAGAUUUAUGCACAGAGGCAAGGUUUACUGAAAGAUAUUGAAGUUGUCCGAUUAAGGGAGGCUGAAUUAAAUCAGCGCAUUGAAACCGUUGAACUAACCCAGAAGUUACAUGAACAAAAGAACAAGUGUAUAGAAGAGGAUCUCCGAAGACGGGAGCUUGCAGUGAAAAAUAUUGAAGACCGUUAUGAAGAAAAGCUCGAGAAUGAGAUGUGCAGAUAUCAACUGGAGGUGAAGGAAGACUACCUUAAAAGGACUGAGCAAGUCAUUGCCAACGAGAAAAGAAAUGAAGCAGAGGCAGCUAAAUUGAGUGAAGAGUCUGCUAUCAUCCAAUCAAAAAGGCUGGAACUGCAACAAGCCAUCGAUCAAAUUAAGAAACUACAGGUGGAAUUGAAUGCAGCUGAGGUGCAAGUGGAUUUGCUGAAUAAGCAAAAUGAGUUGCUAAAUGAAAAGCUAAAGGAUGUAGGAGACUACGCACUGUUAAAGACACAACAAAUAGAACUUCGGACUGAAAUCAAACAUCUGAGACAACACCUGGACAAGGCUGAAUGUGAAAAUCACAAUUUGCACCAAAAACUACAUCAACCUACUCCUGAAUAUUUAGCCCUUCAAGCUGAAUUGAAGAGAGCAGAAUGUGCUAGGAAACUUGAUCAGGAUGAAUGUCAAAGUUAUAAGCAAAUACUGGAACAACAGCUUAAAACUGAGGUGGAGCAAUGUGCACAGUUGCAAAGCCAGCUAAUCAAGUUUGAGGAUCAAACCAGAAGACUGAGUGGGCAGGUUGAUGAUUUGAAACUUCAGCUGCAACAAACACAGCUAGCUUUGGAGAAUGAAGUGUAUCGUAAUCCCAAAUCCUCGCUGGUUGAUCGGUCAGCCAUUAGCCUCACUCCUGAUAGAACCUCAUCUCAUGACAUUUACGUAGAUGCUGGUUUACUGAAGAAUCAGGUAGCACCUGAAGAUCACCUCUUUUAUUCAGGUUUCAGCUUGGGUAGAAGCUCCCGCAGGCAUACUGAAACAAUGUGCUCAUCACCAGAUUCUGACCUGGACUUUGUGGCAGGGGCCAAGGCUCGCAUAAGUGAGUUGGAAAAAGAGUCCGAAAACCUUGAAGAAGCAUAUAGGAACUAUCAAAGACAAAUCAUUCGCUCAGCUGUCCAAAAGAAUCUGGAGUCUGGGACCCUUUCCCCAUUACACAGUAUUCUCAGUAGAGUCCCUUCCAGCCACAAUCAUAAAGUAACAUUUGCAGACUGCAUCCUUCCUUCCCAGCACCUGGAACUGACUACACCAAGAGGCUAUACAUGUGCCAAAAGUAAUCUGACUGAAAUUGAAAAUCACACUCACCCUGUAAAUGAGUUAUCGUCACAAAGUUGCUGCUCUUCAACAAAUGUCACACAGACAGACAAAAAUGAAGUGUGCAUGAUGAGGAUUGAAGCUCCCCAAACACCAGGAAGUCAAAUAUCAGCAACUGUAGCCGAUGAAUUCCAUUCUUGUGGAUCAGAAGAAUCCAUAAUGACAGAAGAUCUGCUGGCAGAUGAUGUAUCUCAUCAGGUAUCAGCAGAUCUAAGGUUGGAAGAACUGGAUGCUCAACCAGAUUGUGUUCAUAAAAAGGUCAAACAAAGACCUAUUGUGCUGUUUAUUUUAGUGGAAGACGACAAUUCAAUAGAUGAAGAGAGUUUGUCCCAAUCCUGGGAUCAACAAAUGAAUAACGGAUCUUUUUGUUUAUUGAACCACAAAGCAAUUUUAUCUCCACCAGAUAAAAAAAAAACAGAUAGAACCACAAAGGAAUGGGAACAGCAGAGACGGCAGGAUGAGGAGAGAAGGUUUUUGGAAAGGCAAGAAGCUUGGGAAAGGGAACAGAAAGAACUUGAGCGACUAGAGCAAGAAAAGAGGUUAAUGGAGGAGAAGCCAAUCGUGGAGCUGAGUGAACAGACCUGUACUGAAAGUAAAGGGAAUCAGGUCCAAGAAAAUAAGGAGUCGCCAGCCUUGAGUGCAGAUCCACUGGAGAAAUACAUGAAAAUAAUUCAAGAACAGAGGGCACUCAAGCAGGAGGACAAGAGUUUGAGAAAAGAAGGGAUAGACGAGCCUUCUUUACUUCAUUCAUUGUCUGAUGGAAAAAAUGCCAGUUUUGAAACUUCGCACGAAGAGGCCGAUGAUAAUUUCUGGUGAAAUUGUAGCCAGCAGCAGCUCUGAUGCAGUAGGUUCUCAGAAUGUGUUCAAAUGUAUGUCAUUUUCGUUUCAAUAAAAAUAAAUGUUAUUGGAUUUUUAUACUUUGAAAUGAAUUCUGCAAACAAUGCUUUUGUCAUCUUGAGUCUAGAUGCACUCCUUGAUGGCUUCUAUAGCUCCACCUCAUAAUGCCAUAAACUUCAGCUUACACAGGACUCUACAACUUGUUCAUCUGCCUGCACCAAAUCCCACUAGUUUCCUGCAGAUGAACUAAUCCUCGCCUUCAAAUUCCUUUAUGCUCUUGCCCCAAAUUACCUCUUGUCCACUCUCCCAACGCAGGCUUUCUGCUCACUCCUUAUCC